GAGGCUGCUGCGAAAUGAGCGACAGAAACCCCCGGGAUAAAGACGUUAUAGAAAAGGAAAGUAAAACAAGCGUCAAUGUGUCGAAGCAGGAUUAAAUCGGCAGGUUUUAUCGGCGUUUUUGGACUCACCUCUGGGGAAAAGUUUUGCCAACAGCGGCAGAAUUACCUUGAACAAGAGGACUCUGGGAGCUCAGAAGGCCGUUGCCGGAGCAGAGCAGCAGAUCCAGUUGAGCUGCUCCAACCCCGCCCUGGAACAAGCAGACAGCCUCUAUGCACAUCAGCCUGACUGUGGCCAUCAAGGAGUCUCGGGCCUUUCAUGGAACUCAGCCUGCCGGCCCCGCAGAUAUCCCUGACCCUGCUGAAGUGACAGCCAUGGAGUCACGUCAGGUGCUGGGCGUCCCUCCACCGCCCCCGCCUCCUCCUCCUCCUCCUCCACCUCCUCCCCCGCCCCCGCCGCCACCGGCAUCCUCCUCUCCUUUCAGCCGGGCCGAUAGUGCCCGUCAAAGCCGGCUCCGGAAGCUGAACUGGGAACGCAUCCCCAAAGAGAAGGUAGAGGGAAGAAAGAGCGUGUGGAGUGGGGCGGCACCAGGCGAGGAUGAGUUCCCCUUAGACCUCAGCUCUCUGGAUGAGCUGUUUGGUCAGAAGGACAGCAAGCCCAGGGACAGAACCAGCACGCUGAGACGAAGGUCCGUGCUGCUGCGUUGCAGAUCCCCACAGAACGGACCUGAAGAGAUUUCCCUUCUGGAUUCCAAGCGCAGUAUGAACAUUGGAAUAUUUCUGCGGCAGUUCAAGACGCCUGCUAAGGAGAUAGUCGAAGACAUCAGGCAUGGUGCUGGAGAUCGUUACGGAGCAGAGAAACUCACAGAGCUUUGCAAAUUGCUGCCUGACAGAGAGGAGGAGUCUCGCCUGAAGAGGUUCGGUGGGGAGCGGAGCUGCCUGGCAGAGCCUGAUCUUUUCAUGCUACUGUUGGUGGAAGUCCCCAGCUUUCGUCUUCGUCUGGAUGCCAUGAUCCUGCAGCAAGAGUUCGACCCGGCUGUGACCUCUCUGUGUGUGGCAGCCAGAUGUCUGAGGGAGGCAGCCAGAGAACUGCUGAGUUGUCCAGAACUACACUCCAUACUCCGCUUGGUGCUGAAAGCAGGAAACUAUAUGAACGCUGGUGGAUAUGCAGGGAACGCUGCUGGCUUUCGGAUCCCAUCACUUCUCAAACUGGCCGACACCAAAGCCAACAAGCCAGGCAUGAACUUGCUGCAUUUUGUUGCUAUGGAAGCUGUGAAAAAAGACCAGAGUUUACUUUCAUUUCCCAGCCAACUAGGCCACGUUGGCUCCGCCUCCAGGUUGUGUGAGGAAAGUGUGCUGGAUGACUUAUCAAAGCUAAAAAGAAGAGUGGUUGUUCUCAAGGAAAGUAUACAGACCGAGACAGAGAUUCAGCAACAUACGCAAUCUUUUCUGGAGAUGGCUGAAGAGCGCCUGAAAGAGGCAGAUGAUGAAGUAGAGGGUAUGAGGAUGUCGAGUCAAGCUCUGUUGGAGUUCUUCUGCGAAGAUGAGAGCACUUUCAAACUGGAGGAAGCCUGUGGGGUCUUCCGCUUGUUUUGCUGUCGCUUCGAAAAAGCUGUGCAGGAAAAUGAAGAACGGGAGCUGAAGGAGCAGAAACGUCUGGAACGUCAGCGCGAGAUGGUGGAAAAGCGACGCUCUCUGGCCGUCUGCACGGGGCUGGAACUGGGCCUGAGCGUCGCCAGGGAACCUCAGAAUCCGGAGAACCAAGAUGAGCUGGAGAAACUCCUGCAGAAGAACUUGAGCUACAGCUGGAGUCGCCGUAGUCUCAGAGGCUCGGAGUCCCGCAGAUUCUCACACCAACUCCAAAACCAUCUCCACAGCUCAUCCAUGCACAAGAGCUUCCCAGUGUUGGGCAGUAGCCCGACGUCAAACAGCUAUCACUCCAACAGCUCCUCCGAUCCCGAGACCAGCGCUGUUCUCUGCAGCUCUCCUGAGACUGAUGGCGCAUGCUCCCCCGUUGAGCACGAACCCGUCCUGGACAGAGAGAGCAAAGCAGACACCCUGAGCAUGAAAGCAGUUAAAGAUUCCCACAUUGUAACAUUCAGUCCCUCUCAGCAAGGACGUGGCUUCAUGGUCAAGCAAUACAGGCCUGAGAGCAUUUGCUACACACUAAAAAGCCAAAUGAAGGCAACGGGACUUGACAAAGAGGCAGAUUUUUGUCCAGAACACAUGGCUUUGAGUGGUUCCCGAAGAGACUCCGCUGUUAUAAAUACCAAUACACCAGCCCAGAGUGUUAAAAACCAUUUAUCUCCUUACAAACAUAGGUUCGGCCUGCCGCUGACGGACAGCAAGCGUGCUCUUCAGGAAAAAAACGAAGGCCGCGAGGCUGAAGAAAAGUCAGGUCAUUCAAGUGCACUGCUCCCUGAUAGUGACACCAAGAGUGGACUGUUAAAGCUCCCCAGAUCUGACUUCAAAUCAAAAUCCUACCCCGAUGACGUCCAGUCCCAUCUCCAAACGAAAGACAUCGUGUCCGUGAAAACGAACGCUGCAAUGCUUUUUCCUGACGCAGCUUUAACAGCAGAAGAAGUUUCUGCUCCUGUGGAGGAGAACUGGAUGCCCUCCAGUUUACCCGAGUUCAGCCAGUCACAGCCAGAGGAGGCCUGCGCCUCACCCUGUGACGAGAGCGAGUCAGCAAGGCCAUUCUCACGUGUUGGUGAAACACUGGAGUGUCACACUUUGGUGAAAGGUCUCCGAUCCUAUGAAGCCUUGUCACCCCCACCCUCGCCGCUCCCACGACCAAAGCCGAGCCUUUGCUCCAAGUGGAGGAAAGAAAGGGAGGUUGACCUACGAGAGGGUACGACUGCAGGGUCUCCGGCAUCAAAGGAGGACACUCGGACGAUGAAGAUCCCCGUGCGGAGUGGAAUAGGGGCGAAGAGGGGGCUUGGGUCAAAUACGGCUCCGUCCAGUAGCACAGGCUUUGCCAAGUUGCGCUCUAAAACCGAGUCCUCCAACGGGACCUCGACGUCUACAAACCCAGCCACUCCUACCCGGCUGACCAUCCCUCGCAGCCUGUCAAUGCGCUCCUCUCCUGUCACUCGGCCACCUGUUACUCAGGCGGAGGUGAAGCGCAGCAGCAGCACACGGGAGAGAACCGUGAAUGAGUCACAGACUCCGGUAAAGUCCACUCUGACCCGCAGGACUUCAGACAGAGCCGUGCCAGAAAAGGUUUCGGGCAGCUCCCAGCCUGCUUUCAGCAGAGGAACUCCUCUUCGUGUUUCCAAACGCCUCGCCCCUAACUCGGAGGCUCGGAUCCCCUCGCAGCCUCGGACGGCCCACAGCCCAUCCUCCGCCACCGCCAAGACCAUACGCACCGCUGUCAUCUCAGCUGCCCGCAGUAAAUUCACCAAGACGACCAGUCCGAGCGCCUCUCCUCCGAACUCUAAAAGCCCGGCAGCCUCACGGAUACCUGGUCUCAAAAUGCCUCGAGCUGCUGCAGCUCUGCCACUGUGGAGGUGAUGAAAGGCCCUUGUUGGUGCAGUUUGCUCAAAUGUCUUCUACCUGUAUGGUCUCCCUCCGUCCUGACUAAGUUGUAGUUCAUCUGAACUGAACUCGGUUUCAAUGAAAAGAUACUUCAUGUAGAUUUUAAAUGUGGGGUUCUACAUGUGUUAAGAUAAGUUGUGCUGAGAGUAUUGGGGAUACUUGUGUUCCACACGGUAACAGCAUAGUCGAUCCUCUACAUUCUACCUCGUUUUUUACACCCAUUUGUGUCCUUUGCAGGCAAUAGGGCAACAAAAGAUGAGUGUUAUUGUAACUAUUCAUAUGUAGAGCCGCUUGAACACAUUUCUCACCCUAUUAAAAAGUCUAUCAAGUGAACACCGCUACAUGAUUUUGAAAGAAGUGUAAUUUGGGAAACGGUUUCCAUCUCCCUAUUCCGGGAAGAAAAGUAGUUUCAUUUUAUAUUACUAGAGGUAAAAGAUUCCUGAAUGUCGUGGGCACUGUGGCCUUCUCCUAAAUGAUUAGUGUUUUCAAAACUGAAUUCGGUACAAUAGAGGCCUCAUCUAAAAGAUGCACUUUAAAAACUAAAGAGGUGGCUGUUACUGUUGUUUUUGUUAUUUUUAUUUUAUAUGAAAAUAUCUAUAACUUUAUUGAAUAGCGCUAUUCAUAUGUGGAUUUGUAAAUAUGGAAGGAUGAAUAAAGACAAAGUUGUGAAUAUAAGUGCCAUCAGUCUGCACUUCAGUUACGUUCAAAAAGAGCCAUGCGGUUAAGUUGAAUGUUCAGGAAGCUUCUUUGAGAGCUUCGGUCUCACAGCCUUCACUCCUGCAUCGACAGCCGCCGUUGCUGUCCUCCGGUCACCCUCCUUUUUACUCCGUCUUCUCCUGAACUCCCAGUUGCCACAUCUUUUGACACAGUCGCCCACGAUCCUGUCAGCGACUGUUGUCAUGGGAAAGCCGCAGACGUCUUGGGGAAUCUCCUGGCAGAAUUGCGGGGGUGCAGGAGUCUGGAUGGAGGGUGACUGCGGGUGUCGGGCCCCAGUGGGAAUUCUCUGUUUAUAGGCUGCAGUGACGCCAGAACCUCUUGGGAAAGGCAAUAAACUGGUCCCUCUUUGUGUUGUCGAGUCUCUGGUUGUUGGUCGACUGUGGCCUUUUAACCUGCUGCAGUGUAUAAAGAUGAC